UGGUUUAAAAUAUGACGCCAAAUAAAACCACCGGUAGCGCUAAAACCAGUCGGUUUGCAAUAGUUCGUCUCUAAGUAAUCCGUCCAGCCUGUUGGCCUGUCAUAACCACUGACCAGUCGGUAGUUAGCAGUCCUUAUUCAGCGUAAUGCUAAAUGUUUGGAUAUGUUAAUAUUAUAUUUAUAUGUUAGUAAUAAUGUGACUGAUAUGUGAUAAAGGUUAAUGAGCUGACAACAAAUAUUAAGUAUGAGCCGACUAUUCAUUACAGUACCAUGAAAAUACAAAUAACUUGCUUAUGUAGAUGCAGCAAUUCCAAUUCUUCAUGAGCAACAACUACUUGGUCGCAAAUGAAAAAAAACAGCAAUCAGAUUCUGAAUGUACCUAGCUAAGAAAGUAUUCAAUUUUUAAUUCAAUACAGUGGAUUAUAUAUAUCGUCAAAUUAUAAAAAUGAACGAAGACAGUUCCGAAGCUCAUCAGGCGACAUGUGACUUCGCUUUAACAAAUUUCAUGUUCGGGAACAUAGACGAAAGUGGUCAACUGGAAGAUGAUGAUCUAUUGGAUAAUGAUACAAAAAAAUACUUGGCGUCCUUAUCCAAGCUCGGUUUUAGUUCUAUGGUGUCCGAAGUCAUUGGUUCGUCAGAUUUGCAAGGUAUUGAAAAUCAUGAAGACACAAGCAGCUCAAAUGAUAAAUCACCAUCGGCCCAAGAUUUCUUUGACAUUGAUGAAUUGGCUGAAGAAAUUAUAGGGUCUAAACCUCAAAAUUCUGAGAGCGGCUACGAUGGUGACAAUGAGACAAAUGACAAAAAAUUUGACAAAUCCAAGCGGCUAGAAACUCCAUUAGCUGCUAUGUUACCAUCCAAGUAUGAAAAUGUGGAUGUUACGACACUUUUUCCUGAUUUUAGAGUUGGAAAAGUAAUUUUUAUUGACAAUAUAAAUUUCAUAUCCUGGUUUUUUAUUAGUUUUAAUCUAUAUUUAAUUUAGGUGUUACGAUUUUCAAGAUUGUUUAAGCCCAACAAAUCUAGCCGAUUACCUAAAGUUUGGAGGAAUGUAAAAGUUAAACGCAAAAAACGAAUGCAUAUUGAUACAAAUGAAUAUAAUUCUUCCGAUAAUGACUCAAAAAGUCAAAUUAUGUGUCUUGAAUAUGGACCACUACCGGAUCCUGAAAAUCUUGCUCCUGACGAUGAGGUAAUAUCUAUUUUAUUAUAAAAUUAUGUGAAUCAUAUAAUUAACUAUUGGUUUUACAGGAGGCAUUUUUACAACCUAUGGAAAAUUUAUCUAAACAAACUAAUCAAAACAAACAUGAAAAUGAAGAUGGUUUAAAUAAUCAAGCGUACUGGAGAGCUGGACCAGCCAAAUUAUGGUAUGACAUGUUGGGAGUUCCAGAAAGUGGGGAAGAAUUUGAUUAUGGAUUUAAACUCAAAGAUAACAAAGUAAUUAAAUAAUAUACAUUAUAUAAAAAUAUCUUUUUUAAAAUUGUGUACAAUUUUAGAAUAAAAACGAAAAUAAUUUAGAAAAAAAUCCAUUUCCUGAAGAUGCUUUUCUAAUGGUUAGUCAGUUACAUUGGGAAGAUGAUAUAAUAUGGAAUGGAGAGGAUAUCAAACAUAAAGUUCUUCAAAAAUUGAAUAGCAAAACUAAUGCUGCUGGAUGGGUACCGAGUAGUACAAAUCGUACUGCUCAAGCUUUUAGCCAGCCGGGAAAAGGAAUGCUUCCUCUUGCAGGAGGAUCAGUAAGAUUGGCUACAUCCAACAUAAAUGUAUCACAAUCACAAAACAAAAUGGCCCCAAAGUCAAAUAUGUAAGUCUAAUAAAUUUAUUAUUAGUCUAAGAGGAGCCAGGUCUGAGGAGUUGGUUUUCCAAAUUUUCUCUUCAAUUAUUUUUAAUUUGGGGUAUGGCUGCUUUUAUAAACAAAAAUAUGAAUAAAAAUAAUUUAUUGGCAACAUGAUUUCCGAACAUUUUUUUUCUUAUUUGAUAAAAAAUUUCUACUAACUGCAAUAAAUUCCAAUUUUUCUUUUGAUUUUAAAUAGUGGUAUUUUAAAAAGUUGGUAAAAAAUAACCUUUUUAAUGACUUAUUAUUAAGUUUAUGGUAGAAAUAUUGAAAAACAAUGUUCAAUGUGGUACGAAGGAAGUAGUUCUCUGUCCAACAAAAGGAUAAUGAUCAACAACGGACUAUUCUACAAGGUGUGAGGGGUUUUCUUUUUCUGUAAGAUAUAUUUUUGACCCAAAAAGCACACUGGCACCAGGCUCCUUAAAUGAAAAAACAAAUAGUAACUUAACAUUUCAUUUCCCAAUUCAGUUAAAUGAACAAAAACAUAUUAGUUAACAAUUACUUGUUUAACUAAUAAUUAUAAAAUUUGUAUUUAGGAAUUUGAAGCAACAACCGAUAAAUGAUACUACUGAUGAUACCUGGUAUUCUAUAUUUCCAGUGGAAAACGAAGAAUUGGUAUAUGGUACUUGGGAAGAUGAAAUAAUUUGGGAUGCCAAAAAUAUGGAAAAAAUACCCCGUCCAAAAAUAUUGACUUUGGAUCCCAAUGAUGAAAAUAUAAUAUUGGGUGUUCCUGAUGAUGUAGACCCAGCAAAACAAAGACUUGACAACGCUACUCCAGUUAAAGUGAAAAUUCCUCAUCCGCAUGUUAAGAAAUCAAAAUUAUUACUUGGCAAAGCUGGAGUGAUAAAUGUACUUGAAGAGGAUACACCAUUGCCUCCACCUAAAUCCCCAGACCGAGAUCCAUUUAAUGUGUCAAAUGACUGGUAGGUGUUUAAAUUACACUCAAAAUUCAUGUUAAUGUUUAAACCUCUAAUUCUUUAUUAGAUAAUUAAAUAAUUUAUUAAUAUACUAAAUGAAUUUCUCAAUUUGUUUAUAGCUAUUAUCAACCACGUUCAUCUGAAACAUCGUUACGUCUUAAAGUUGGUGGUGGUAAUAUCAUUCAACAUUCAACUCCUGUUGUUGAGUUAAAGGCACCAUUUAUUCAAACUCAUAUGGGACUUAUGCGUUUAAGAAAUUUCCAUCGCCCUCCCAUGAAACGAUACUCACAUGGUACUCUUAUUCAACCAAUAUUUCAUUCUGUACAAUCUCUUUUGAAGAACAUAAAAAAGAAAGCAAAAGUAACUAAAAUAAUUGUAAUAUGCUUUUUUGACUUAAAAUUUAACUCUUAUUCGUUUAGCUUAGAGAACAAGAACGAAUAGCUUCUGGUGGAGGUGAUGUGUUUUUCAUGAGAACACCAGAUGAUUUAACUGGUCGAGAUGGUUCUAUUAUUCUUGUUGAAUAUUGCGAAGAGCAUCCACCUUUAUUAAAUCAAGUAUGUAUAAAAAAACUAGUUGAUGGACAAUGUUAAAUUUUAUUUGUUUAAUCAUAUAUUAAAUUUUAAUAGGUUGGAAUGUGUUCAAAAAUUAAAAACUAUUAUAAACGUAAAAUUGGUAAAGACCCUGGCCCACCAAGUUUGCAAUUUGGAGAAAUUGCUUAUGCUCAUACUUCACCUUUUUUGGGAGUAUUAUCACCUGGUAAAACAAUUCAAGUUAUUGAAAAUAAUUUAUACCGAGCACCAAUAUAUGAACAUAAACCUUUAGAAAAUGAUUUUUUACUUAUAAGAACAAGGUAAAUAAAUUUUUUUUAAUAAAUUAAAAACUGUUGAGCUCUGCUAUAUUAAAUUGUAUAUAUUAUUUUUAAUAAUUUGACUAAUCUCUUUAUUAUUAAUUUUGAAUAUUUUACCAAAUUUUUAGACAUGCAUAUUAUGUACGAGAAAUAGAUGCUUUAUUUACAUCUGGACAACUUUGUCCACUUUAUGAAGUUCCUGGCCCAAAUUCUAAACGUGCUAACAAUUUUGUCAGAGACUUUUUACAGGUUAAAAAAAAAUUUUAAUUUUUUUAACACUCAUUUGACAAAAAAAAAUUCCGUACAGGUUUUCAUUUAUCGAUUAUUUUGGAAAAGUAAUGAUUAUCCAAGACGUAUAAGAAUGGAUGAUAUUAAAAAAGCAUUUCCAUCACAUUCAGAAAGUAGCAUCCGUAAACGUCUUAAGCUAUGUGCUGAUUUUAAAAGAACUGGUAAAUAAUUGUAAUUUUAGUUAAUCACUUGUUGCUAAUAUUUGUGCAUUACAUAUUUUAAUUUCAGGGUCUGAUUCAAAUUGGUGGGUAAUCAAACCUGAUUUUCGUUUACCAUCAGAAGAAGAAAUUCGUGCCAUGGUAUCACCUGAGCAGUGUUGUGCUUAUUUCAGCAUGAUAGCAGCUGAACAAAGACUUAAAGUAAAUUACCUAUUUAUUCAAUAAAUAAUCGUUGCUGAAUUGCAUUAUUAUUAUAGGAUGCAGGUUAUGGUGAAAAAUUUAUUUUAACUAGUUUAGAAGAUGAUGAUGAAGAAAUGCAAUUAAAAAUGGAUGAUGAAAUUAAAGUUGCCCCAUGGAACACAACAAGGGCAUAUAUUCAAGCUAUGAAAAAUAAGUGUUUACUUCAACUCACUGGUCCUGCAGAUCCCACUGGAUGUGGGGAAGGAUUUUCAUAUGUUCGAGUGCCUAACAAACCAACUGUAUGUUGUUUCACAUUCAUUGUACAUUAUGAUUAUUAUUAUUUUGAAAUCUUGAUAAUUUUAGUUAAACAAAGAGGAACAAGAAGCCCAACCCAAAAGAAUGGUUACAGGAACAGAUGCUGAUUUAAGGCGACUAUCUUUAAAUAAUGCAAAAGCGUUAUUGAGAAAAUUUGCUGUACCAGAAGAAGAAAUUAAAAAAUUAUCUCGUUGGGAAGUUAUUGAUGUUGUCCGUACAUUGUCCACUGAAAAGGCUAAAGCUGGUGAAGAAGGUAUGACAAAAUUUUCAAGAGGAAAUCGGUUUUCUAUUGCUGAGCAUCAAGAAAGGUAAAAAUGUUCAUUGCAUCCUCUAAACAAGAAAGGUAUUAAUAAAGUGUUAUUAUAAAUAUAUUUUAGAUACAAGGAAGAGUGUCAACGAAUAUUUGAUCUACAAAAUAGAGUACUUUCAUCCAAUGAGUUGUUGUCAACUGAUGAAGGAGAGAGUUUUGAUGAAGAAGAUUGUUCUGAUAUUGAAGAAAUGGGAAAAAAUAUUGAAAACAUGUUGUCGAAUAAAAAAACAAGUACACAGGUAUAUUAUACAAUAUAUUGUGAAACAUAAAUAUCUAAAAUGAUAAAAGUCUGAACUUUUGGAUUACAAUGAUCUCUAAAAUGUAAUUUUUGAAACUGAAAUAAUCUAGAACGUAAUAUUCUAGAACUGAAUAAAAACUAAUGGUUUCCAUAUCCUUAAUUCUAUUAUUACUAUAAAGAUGCAAUACACAACAGGACCAAUGCUUGUGUUGUGUGGAAAGUGGUGGUAAAUAUUUGAAAAUAUUUCAGGAACAAUUAAUAAUUUUCUGAAUUAUUGCAGUCUGUAAUUUUAUGAUCCUGAAAAUCAUAUAUAAGUAUUAUAAUAAUAGUAAAUAUAUAUAGUAUUUAAAAUUAUACAUUAUGUUGUUAUAUAUGUAUUCAAAAUCAUUAUAAAUGCAGUAUAAAUUCUGCAUAAUAUACGACAAAAAAAUGAAUGAGCAUAAAAUUGAUAAAGUCUUAGAUUAAAUAUUAGAUAUUCAGACAUUUAAAAAUGGCAAGAAACUUAUCGAUACUUAAAAUUUUCAGUUAGCUUGUACAUUUAUUGUGUAAAAAAUUAAUUUUUAUUAUACUUUAAAAUUCAAAUUAAAUUUCAAUUGGUUUAGUUAUCACUGGAAAAAGAAGAACAAGAACGCCAUGAACUUCGAAAAAUGAUCAUGGGAGAGCAAAAUGAUGAAACGCGAAAAAGAGACAAGAAAAAAAUGGAUGACGACGAUAGUAUGCAGUUCUCAUCUACUGGACAACCAGGUAUGACAAAACUCAUAAUUUAUUAUGGGGGAAGAAUGAAUAUAAAUUUUAACUAUUUUCCAGGUCGUGUACUAAGGAUUUAUAGAACAUUUCAAGGAGCAGAUGGAAAAGAAUACACUAGAACAGAAGUUGUGCGUAAACCAGGUGUGAUUGACGCCUAUGUGAAAAUUAGAACAACAAGAGAUGAAGGGUUCAUUAGACAAUAUGCACUUAUGGACGAAGCACAAAAGGAAGAGAUGAAACGUGAAAAACGAAGAAUACAAGAACAAUUGAGGCGUAUCAAACGAAAUCAAGAACGUGAGCGUUUCUCCAAUAAUUCUAGACCACAACCUGGUAAAUUUAUGAUGUGACACAGUAUAACAUAAUUGUUGCUAUUUAUUAUAUUCUGUUUUCUGUAUUUUUAGGAUUUGGUUAUUCGAUUGUAAAUAAAAGCAAUUCCUUAAGCAAUGAUGUACCAAUGCCUACUUCUGGUACAGUGACAAUACCAAAACCACGUAUAGAGGCUACUCCUCCACGACCACGUAAACCAAAACCAAGUAAAAUGAAACCAGAUUUAAAAGUGAGAUGCGGUGCAUGUGGUAAUGUUGGUCACAUGAGAACAAACAAAGCUUGUCCUCAGUACAAUCUGAACCCUAAUGCAUCGGUUAAUGUUGCCCUGACUGAAGAACAAGAAGAAGAAAUUGAAAAACAAAUGAAUGUAGAAGACGAAGAUUUAGUUAAUGUCGAUGGCACAAAGGUCACUUUAUCUAGCAAACUCUUAAAGGUAGAUUUUUAGUUCGUUUCUUAAUUCUAAACUCUAUUCUCGUUAUAAAAUGAUGUACUGUUUAAUGUAAUUAUUUUAUUUUUGGUUUAUUAGCAUGCAGAAGAAGUGAAAAGGAGAUCACUGGUUUUGAAAGUUCCUAAAGAUGCAUUGUCACGUAAAAAACGUAAAAACGAACUCCACUGUGAUUAUUUAAAGAAACCUGAUCGAUCAGCCAACAGACGUCGUACUGAUCCAUUAAUUGUAUUAUCCACUAUUUUUGAAUCUAUAUUAAAUGAAAUGCGUGAUAUGCCUGAUGUACAUCCAUUUAUUUAUCCAGUUAAUGUUAAAGUAAACUAGCAUCCAUUAUCAUUAUUAUUUGUUUUCGACUAAAUUAUAUUGUGUUUGGCUCAACUAAAAAUUACAUAUUACAGAAAGUACCAGAUUACUAUAAUAUUGUACAAAGGCCAAUGGAUUUACAAACUAUUAGAGAUGGAUUACAUUUAAAAAAAUAUCAGAACCGUGAAGAAUUUCUUUCGGAUGUCAAUCAAAUUGUUGAAAAUUCUACAUUGUACAAUGGUAAAUGAAAUACACUGUCAAUGUUUUAUGUUUUUUCGUUUAAAUUAUUUUUGAGGAAUUUAAUUAAACUAUAAACUAAUUUACAGGAGCUAAGAGUUCACUGACAGUUGCUGCACGUCGCAUGCUAGGUGUAUGUGUGGAUCGCUUACAUGAAAAAGAAGAACGACUUAUGUUGUUAGAAAAAGCAAUCAAUCCAUUGUUAGAUGAUAAUGACCAAGUGGCUUUAACAUUUAUAUUAGACAAUGUGGUUGGAAAAGUUAAGACUAUGAGUGAAGCAUGGCCAUUUAUGAAGCCUGUCAAUCGUAAAUUAGUAAAAGAUUAUUAUAAUAUUAUCAAACAGCCAAUUGAUUUAGAGACUAUCGCCUCGCGUGUUUCUAGUGAGUAAUUUUUUUUAAACUAGUAAAUUAAAUUUCAUGUUAAAAAUUUGGUAAAAGUGGUAAAAAGUUUGUUAUGUUAAAUUUGAACAGUAACAAAAUAGAUUUUAGUCAUAAAUAAUAAGAAAUACCAAUAGUGAUAUUAUAAAAUACAAUAAACUAUCUAAUAUUAAAGCAGGUAUCUCAAAUAGUAGAACCUUUUGAAAACCACUUACCUACAGCUAUAUAAUAUAAACUACUGUAAUACAACUAAUAGUUUUUAUUUUGUUUCCAUAUUAAAAUUGAAACAUUAUAUAAUUAAAUCAGGGACACAUGUUCUUUGAACCAAGUUGUUUGAACCAUACUUACCUCAAUUAUGCUCUAUUCAGAAUAAGAGCACACCUGGUAGUAGAUGAAAAAAUAUCUAAGUUUACAUGGCGCUUACAGGCAGUGUGCGCACAAACUGGUGUGCUCUUAUUCUGAAUAGAAUAUAACCACCAUAUAUAUUUUUAAGUUUGAAACAAUUAUAAAACUUAUAAUAGGUUUAUUCAUAUUCAUUAAUUAAAUUGUAAAAGACUUUAAUAUUUAUUUUAUUGCAAUAAAUUAAAUUGAAUUGUUUAUUCAGAUAAAAUAGCUGUUAGAAGUAUCAGUGAUAUUGUCUAUAAUUUAUUUAUUUACUAGAAUAUAAAAACAAAAACUUUGAUAGUUGAUUAACAAAUAUAGUGGUAUCUUACAUAAUCUAUAGUAUUAUGUAAGACACAAUACAUUAUAUUUUAUUUAUUGUUAUAGUAAAUAUUGAACUACAAAGGAUCAUAAAAUAAAUGUUUUGGGGUAAUACAAAACAAAUUAUUUUAAUGUAUUUUAAUAAUUUUGAAGAACAAAACUCGUUUUCAGAUUAUUAAAAAAGUUAUAUUACCAAUCAUUUUUGUAAUAUUUUAUAUUAUUAUGCAUAUUAAAAAUUAUUUUUUAUGUUAUGUAAUAAUACUAAAAAUAUUUUAUACUACUUGUAUCAUUAGUUGUGUUUCUAUUUUAUUUAGGUCAUAAGUAUCAUAACCGUAAGGAAUUUCUGACAGACAUAAAUUUAAUUUUGGAAAAUUGUGUUGCUUAUAAUGGUGAAGAUUCAGAAUUUACCCAACAAGCAAGAAAAGUAGUAAAUGUUGCUUCAGAAUCAUUAGAAGAGGUAAAUUAUUUUAUAAAAAAGAAAAGUAGUAAUAGAAUAAAUGUAAUUUUUUGAUAAAAUUUUCAGUUUGACCAAUACUUGACGCAAGUUGAGCAAAAUAUCAGUAUAGUUCAGGCCCGUGCUUUAGAACAGGUUGAAAUUGAUGAUUCUGCGGCAGAAGAUGAUUAUGCAGAUAUGCAAGAUGUAGAAGAUGUAAUUUAUGUCUUAAUUAUUUCAUGAAAAAUUUGACAGUUUCUUUUUUUGUAUACUAAUUUAUAUGCAUACAUUUUUUCAGAACUUGAAUUCGCCUAGAGAACACAAAGUGAAUAUUGAAGACAUAGAAUUCCAAAUGGAUCCAGACAGCAAUAACUUUAAAACAGAAACUAAUCAUAUUUUAGAAGAUGGUAAUUUGUCCAAAACUAAUUAAUAUUAUGAAUGAUAUAUAGUUUUUGAAGUUAUAAUGGAAAGUUUUAAUUUUAGAUCUACAUUGUUCGAGCGAAGAAGAUGAUUUUAUGGAAGUUGUAGGAGAAAAUCCACCAGAUGACGACAGCCAACAAGUGGCAGAAGCCAUGGUCUUGCUUGGUAACAUGGGAUACAAUCCUGUCCCUGAAACUACUUUCUCCAACCAAAUUCAAGGUGAAAUAAGAAUAUCAUAUUAAUCUAACAGCGUAUAAAUUUUUUCUUUUUACCAGCCGACGAAAGUAUGGAUCUUGACCCAAACUAUGACCCUUCAGACUUCCUACCAACUAACAGUCACAAUGUGGACAUUGGGCUUGAUAAAGACAAUCUCGCGGUACCAAGUAAUCCAAAUCAAACCACUGCAAAUAUCCAAGAUGAUUUAGAGAUCAGCGAUUCAGAAGAAGAAUUGUCAAGAGAUCCUCAUGAAGACACUAUGGAGAUUAAAACAGAAGGGGAUUUAGGAGAGCUGUGGUUUUAAGUGAUUUUUAGAUAAAAAUUAUUAUUUUUUGUAUACUCCAUAGUUUACUAUAGCCUAUCCACACGUUUCUACAUAAAAUAAGUAUUAUUUUAAAUGAUUCAUUGCCACUACAAUGACAUAUUUUAUUUCCAAACAACAAUUUUUCAGUAGACAAUGUGAUAUAAUAGUAUAACCAUGAUAGUUGAACAAUUUUCAGCUGACAUUCAAAAAUAAUAUACAUAUACAAAGUGAUUCACUAAGUUUAGACACUCUUUUUUUUUUUUUUUUCGUUAAAUUUUUUAUAUAGGUAUUCAAAUUCUGUUUUUUGGAAUUUUCCUCGAGUAUCCUGUGGCGACACCAACUUUGGUUUUUCAAACGAGAACCUCUAUUAAAAAUUUCAUAAAUAAAAUGAGUAUUUCUUCUUUACAUACAUUUUUGGAUUAACAACUAUUAGUGAAUCAUUCUGUAUAUGAAAAAUGCUCACUUAUAAAUAUGUUUGUAUGAAUAAAUUUCAUAUAAUAUUUAGAUAAACAAUUUUAUUGUAUCUAUAUUUUCCAUUUAUAUCUAUAUUGAAAUAAUGCAAGGAAUAAAUUAAUUUUUUUCAAAUACAUAAAAUGUUUUUAUUUUAUUAUUUUUAAUAGAAAAUGGAUCAACAAGACACUUUUUUUUGAUAAUAUUGAACAAUUUAAACCAAAUGGAUUGUGUUAAAAUAAGGUGGGGGAAAAGAAGAAAAAAAACACAUUUUUUUUUUCACAAAAAAUAAUAAUAUAAAAAUAUUUUUAACAAGCUUGAUUUCUUUUGCUUAUUUAUUUAACUAUAUAUGAUAAAGAAAUAGGUACAAUAAAAUUGUUUUUAUAAAAAUAAUAUUUAAUUUUCUACAGAAAAUAGUUCAAUAUUUUUGGUUUAGUAUAGGCCUUCAAGUUACUUUGCUGCAAUUACAAUGUCUUCCUAUCCUUAUGUUUCAUCACCUCAUUUGUGUUCUCUACUUCUAACAGCUGUGGGUGCUAAUGCACACAAUUUCGCCAUCUCUGAAUGUCCCUGAAGAUUUCUACCUGAAUAUUUUUCAUAGUAAUUUUCAAGUAAUUUUAUUAAAAUUAAAGAAAAUUCACAAAAUGAUUAAAGGGCAUAUGCAAAUGAAAAAUAGUUCUUACUAAACAUUUCAAUGAUUUACCUCGUCUGAAAUAAGGGAAAAAAAUACAAUUUGUCUAAUGCUCUUUCAGUUCAUCAUGUAAGUAGGUAUGUAAACACUAACACGAGUAGUUUACUUAGUACCUUAUUCGGCAUUUAAUGUUGUGCAAUAUUGCAUCACUAGAAAAAAAUGCCGAUGCAUCAAACAUUUUAACCAUUCAUAUACCUGAAAUGUGUACAUGUGUGAUGGACUGACUGUACCAUUGUACAUAGUGUGAAAAUAAAAAAUAUUCUAUAAUUAUUGAUUUUUUUUAAUAUAUAUAUGUAUUUAUGUUACUUGAAAAUAACCAAGUAUUUAUUUUCAUUCUUUAUUGUCGUACGUUGAUCAUAGAAAACAGUAUAAUGCUUAUAUAGUAGAAACCAUUUAAGAUACUCUCGCUUAAGACGAUAUCUCGCCUAAUAUGCUCAUUUUUAUGAGUCUCUUGAUGUUAACAAAAUACAACUAGUAUAAUCAACUCCGGAUAAUGUGCUUUAUAUUCUAGAAUAACAUGUUCUUUUUGUCAAUUAUGUUGAUGUAUAAAAAUAUUAAAUUUAUAAAAAAAUAUCUCAUUAUUAAUAAUGAUAACGAAUGUGUACUUGACAAUAAUAUUCACAAUUAGAUACGGCAUGUUAUACAUUUUUGUAGAAAAAACAAACAUAGUCAUGUGCAAUUAAUUUUAUUCUCUUUUACUUUUAAUUUUUAAUUAUGACUUAUGAAUGAUUGUCAAGGAAUUAAACAAAAAGCUCUUUCUAUUGCUGACAAAUUGGAACAUUUUAAAAAUACAGAAUGAAAAAAUUAAAAAUAAAUAGCAAAAGCCAUUUGAAAUUGAGAGCAGUAGUUGUAAAUGAUAAAAAAUAAAACAAUGAUAAUAUCCUCACAGAAAAACAGGUUUCCCGUGUAAUACGCUAUUUUUGACUGCAUUUUUAAGAGCAUCUUAAAUAAGUUCUACUGCAUUUAAAAUUAUAUUAUAGUUGUUUAUUUAUUCUACAACCAUCAAUAAUAUGAUUCGUACUUAUUGUACCAGAUAUUAUUAAAAUUGUUCAUUUUAUCUUGAAAUACAUAAAAUUAAACAAAAUAUUUUUUUUCCAAACAAAUUUUAUUUGUUUUUCAAUUUUAAAAGUAAUGUAAAGAUAUAUUGCGAUAUAGAAGAAUUAAAGCACAUUGUUCUCAUACUUUACCAUUAAAAAUAUUGAAGUGGUAAAUGUAAAUUUUUAAUUCCUUAACUCAUUUGCUGUUUUUAUAGCAUCAUUAGUGUCACGUAAUAAUUUUUUAGUAAGGCGCUAUUUGACAUGAUUCGGUAUUAAAACAGACAUUUGGAAAUAAUUAAAAUUUGUGUUACUUUCAGACUUAAAAAGCACCUGUUCGAUCUUGUUUUUAUAUCCCCGGCUCAUACAAAUAUGUUUUAGUCUACAUAAACCAGGUCUUGAAUGACCUUGGAUUGAAUCCAUUCAACUUAUCACUGAC